GACGAUAUGAAAAGUCACCUUUCUGUUGUGUUCAAACGAUAUAUGAGUAUUCUUUCUCGAAAACAUAUUACUUGGAAACCAGUUGGUUAUAAUAAUAAUAAUAAUAAUAGUGGAAUAGUUUCCCAUUCGUUAAAGAAAAUAACGUGGACAAAAGAACGACCCAAAGUCGAGCCAUCACAGCAAGUCCAAGUUACUUAUGAACCGAUACCAACUAAGAAACCAACGAAACCUCAUAAAGCUUCCAUGUUGGUAACCACCAAGAGAAAGCAAAGCAACGACGAUUUUACGGUACAUUUCGCCAACACUGUGGAUGUAGAAACCAAAGAAGACUUGUCUCAUGUAGAACGACCUGUUCACCAAGAAGAAGAAGACUCGAUGAUUUAUCAAACACUUUACAGAGGAGACAAUAUAAUGCAAUUGACGGAAAAGGAAUAUCUCAAGUUUCGAGGUAUCGUUGGGAAAUUGUUUCGAUCAGGAGAGAAAGACCAACGUCUUUUAUUACCUUGUGCAGUUACAGAACCUUUUAUGGAGACUUCCAUCGUCAGUGUUCCGAUAGAGCAACAAAAGACUGCAAGUGUCGCUGUGAUUGGACUACCUAAUGCAGGCAAAUCUACGUUGUUGAAUAGACUUUUAGGAAACAAAGUAGUUGCAGUAUCUAGAAAGAGAAAUACUACCAGGAAAACUCAUAGUGUGUAUGUGACUAGAGAUGAAAAGCAAUUGUUGAUUUACGAUACUCCUGGGAUGAUUGGUAGUGAUGAUGCUGCUAAAGUUCAUCAUGAACGAGCAUUUCUUGUAGCUGCUUGGAAUGCUGCUUGGAAUGCUGAUGUAUGUUUUGUUAUUGUGGAUUGUAGUUGUAGAAUUGCUAGAGAAGCUACCAAAAGAAUGUUAAUAGAACUGAAACAACGGAUGGAGGAACAAGGAAAGGAAUUUAUUAGGAAUAUAUUGACUCAACAAGAAGCCGAGAGUAUUCAAAAGAAUGAAGUUAGAGAAGAGCAAAUAAGAAGCAACAACAAACAAGUUUGGAUUUUGGGUUUGAACAAAGUAGAUCACUUAGCCAAUCGCCAGUAUCUUCCGGAUAUGGCAAAGGAAUUUUAUGAUACUUUUCCAUUUGCUAUGAGCUUUAUGAUAUCUGCCAAAAAGGAUAAAGGAAUCGAUCACGUACGAGACUUUCUUUUUGAAAUGUGCAGACCUGGUCCUUGGUUAUCACCUCUUGCUAUUCCAUAUGGUGGUUCUUUUGUAGAUAUGAUGGAAGAUAUACUUCGUGAAAAAUUGUUGCAUUGUGUACAUUUUGAAGUUCCUUACCAUGCCAAGUUUCAGUUGGAGAGUUGUAAACUGAUAUCUUCUGGAGUCAUUGCUAUUGAAGAACGAAUGCUGUUGGAACGAAAGUCUCAAAUAGGAAUGGUGUUGGGUCCUCGAGGUUCCAACUUGAAGUGGAUACAACGAGCAGCGGAAAGAGAUCUCAGUCAGUCCUGGAAGUUGCCAGUUAUUUUGUAUUUGAAUGUCAAGUCGGAAUCAUCUUGAAUCGAUUAUUAUUCACUAGAAAUGAUAUG